GACCACGAGCGGUUCCUGCCGUCGCUGACGGUGAGCGACAAGAUGCGGAUGCUGCACACGUAUCUGGUCCUGGCGGACGCGCUGAGGAACAUGCGCGUGGAGUUCUUCUUCGUCCAGGGCUCGCUGCUCGGGGCUCACCGCCACCAGGGCGUCAUCCCUUGGGACGACGACAUCGACAUCACCGUCAACGUCACGGACUGGAAGCUGGUCCGCCACGGGCUCUCCUGCAUCGACGGC